UGAUAACAAUACAGAAUAGCUCUGCACAAGACAAGACUGUAAGCCUCAGAUUUUAUCCUGUAAAUUAAACGUGUUGAGUUAGCAGCUUUUGCCCUGGAUAUCGGCUCGUGAUCACUGUAAAUAUAACCUUGAGACGAAACAAGUUUAUAUAUAAAAUGGAGGUUAUCUACCGUUACCAGUUUGAAUUGAUGAGAUGAAACAUGUAGAAUGAUGGCAUGGUCCAUCAUAGACCUUCUACCAACACGCUGCACCAGACUCUUGAAUGGUCGACAGCAGCUGAAGUGGUUGGUGCUUUACUCCGCAAUCUUCUGCCUCAUUUGCGUGUCCAUAUUGAACAACAAAUUCUCCAGCUUGUUCGGGGGCCACAAGGUCAGGGAUGUGCCAAAGGACAGUACUCAGCUUAUCCUGCGACGCGACAAUGAAAAAGAGCCACCAGACCAACUUCUCCGUGGUACAAAUGACUUUAUAUACAAGGGACAGAAUGCUUCCAGCCAAAGAACUCUUACAGAUGACAUCCCACAAUUCAAAGUGCCUCUUGCGGACAGUGGUUUCAAUGAGGAUGCCCAGAAGAGAGGGAAGGAACUGGCUGCCAUCGAGAAAGGAAAAAAUGGGAUACAAAACAAGAGAACACAAUUUGAAUUUAAAAAGGGAGAACCUAAUGAAAGGACAGGAGAAAGUGUAGCGGCAGAAAAUGCUGCCCUCAAACAAACUGAUGCAAAUGAAAGAGAGAGAUUUAUUUUUAGACCCAAACCAUUUACUGUGCAGUACUACCAUAGCGUUAUAGAUAAUGAGCCUUUUACAAAUAGAUAUAAUACAUGUGCAAUAGUUUCUAGUUCUGGUCAGCUCCUGGGCAAAAAUUCUGGGCCUGAAAUCGACAGUGCCGAUGCUGUAAUUAGGAUGAAUGCUGCGCCUGUGAAGGGAUUCGAGAACGACGUCGGGACACGGACGACAAUCCGUGUGGCAUGCUUCAUUUCAUCCAACCACCUGACUUCGCAGGCGGAGACCAUCUUCAGAGGGGUGGGGGCGCCAGAGGUUGUUUUGUUCUGGGGUCUCGAGGCGCCCAGGAGUAAAAGGAAAGCUCAAUCAGUGCCUAAAGUUACAAGCUUGCAGAGAAAGUUUAUGAACAUACGCUUCUAUUCCCAACGCAACGAGGGAGAGUUGGCAGCGAACAGACUUUUUGAGAGGGAAACCGGAGCUAGCAGGAUGGAAACCAACAGCUGGUUAUCAACAGGAUGGUUCACUGUCAUGACUGCUCUAGACAUCUGUGGAGAAGUCAAGAUCUAUGGCAUGGUACCUGAUGAUCACUGUGUAUAUUUUGAGGAUGAACAAGUUAAGUACCACUAUUACCAAACUGGCUCCAAUCCCACGGAGUGCACGUACUACAAGGUGCAUGAAGCCACGCCCAAAGGUGGCCACCGCUUCAUGACGGAGAAAGCCAUCUUUGCUCGCUGGUCCCAGAUGUACAAUUUGACAUUCCAUCACCCAAGCUGGAACCGGAGUCAAAACCAGGCCUCCAAGCGUCUUGAUACCCCCUUCACCAAGCUCUUCCACUUGAAAGGAAUAAAGUAUUUCCAAAGAGGAGGUCGUUACAGAGAGGACAGAGAGAGAGCAAGGAAACAGGAAGCGGACACAUCAGCCAUCAUUCUAUGUUUUGUCAUCAUCCUGGGUCUACCAACUCUCUUCAUAGUAUGUGGGAUCUGCAUGUCGCAGCUCGGCGAGGAGGAAAUCGAAUAUCCACAAUACCGUCGUCACCGGCGAGUCCGCUACCGCGAGCGCUACAACUAAAUCGCAACCUCAACUGUCCAAAGCACCACAUGUCACUUCCAUUGUCUGCAACUUGUGUCAUUGUGUAUUAUUGUCUGUGCUGUUUUGGACUGGUCCAUGCUUAUGU